CUUGUUCAUGUUUAUUCAUAUUCAUAUUUUUUUUCCUUUUUUUUUUUAAUAACUGUGGUGUCCGAGCCAGUUUUUGCUCACCUCGACGUGAUACCUGCCACCUAAAACUUUAUUUCAAAAGUAGUUGAUCAUUAUUUUUGUUCAGGCUAGCUUGGACUAAUUCCAGCAAUAGAUAUUAGGUAAUCCUGUGUGCCAAGUAUAGGACAGAUGAGCCAUUUAGUUGUCAUAAUACUUUAUUUGAAAAGUAUACGUACCUCGACUAAUUUAACAGGAUACUUGCUACAACACGUAACAAAGUAACUCUGUCCACUGCGGAUAGGAUAGAUGAGAUAUUUAGCUGUCAUAAUACGUUAUUUCAAAAGUAGAUUUACCUCGACUGAUUUAACGGGGUACUUGCUACCUCCCACUAUCAACUCGUAGUAAAGUAACUCUGUCUAUUGAGACUAGGACAGAUGAGAUAUUUAGUUGUCAUAACACUUCAUUUCACAAGUAGAUGUACCUCGACUAAUUUAACGGGAUACUUGCUACCUCCCACUAGCGACUCGUAGCGAAGUAACUGUCUAUUGAGGCUAGGACAAAUGAGAUAUUUCGUUGUCAUAACACUUUAUUUCAAAAGUAGACUUAACUCCGCUAAUUUAACGGGAUACUUGCUACCUCCCAUUAGAAACACGUAGAAAAUUAACUCUAUCCAUUGAAGCUAGGACAGAUAAGCUAUUUAGUUGUCAAUAAUACUUUAUUUCGAAAGUAGUUAAUUAUUUAUGUUUGUUCGGCCUAGCUUGCGCUCAUCUUGACUAAUUUAACGGUAUACCUACUAUAUCCCAUUAGCAAUAGGUAGCAAGGUAACUCGUAAGAGUCCAAACAAUAAUCACAUGCAGAUAUUUUAGAUCCGCAUCACCAAAGAGCUACCUUUAUAUUUGGUUGGGUGCUAAGACGAGGGGUUUCAUGGCUACUGGGCAAGAAAAUGAGGGUCAAAGGGCACCGUCCUUGUUUGGUUAGAAAAUAAUUGAGAGAGGAAGGUAGAAGUAAUAAAGAACGCUUCUCCUGAGAUCGACUUAUAUAACCUAUGAAGCUAUCUCCAAAUUUACUUAUUAACAAUAGAUCUAAUUAAUCAUCCUGCAUCGUAUCAUUCCAUCUCUUUAAGCAUGAAAUGACCUCUAAUGACACUGGUUUAGAGUAUCUUCGGUUAAUAGUAACUUUUAGGGUUUUUUUAGAAUAACUUUUAGUAUUCGGAAGUCAAUAAAACUUAUGGAGUUUCUUUAAACGACACACCAUAAAAGCUUUUCUAAGGGAUAUGUUAGUCAUAUUGACUUAAAAGUUAUGCUCAUUUACUAGGGAUGCCACAUUUGAAGAAAUUCCUUUUAGAAACACAUUUUUCACAAUCUAUUCUUUAUGUCAGCAAUACAAGACUCGUUACUAAAAUGACUUGUAAUCAGUAUAAAAUAUAUUUUUGGCCAUCAUUUGAGAGCAUAUGCAUUAUUGACACUCUAUAACUCUUUUCCUAAGAUACUGUCUGCGACUUCUAGCCAAGUCAACUUUUACCAAUUUUUUUGAAUUUAUUGACAACAAAACUACUAUGGAAUUAUUGUAGUUCAAAACAUAAGAGUGCUGAUGGCUAUUUCCAAGUUUCAUAAGAAAUUAAAUGUUCUUCAAGUCAGAAAAAAGAUUUUCUAUAUAACAUUCAAAGAAAAUACUAAGAAUAAAGAGGUAACACCUCUUCGGUUUUCACAACGAUAAUAUGUGGUGUGAAAUCGGAUCCUAUUGUUCCUGCAAUGAGCAAAUCACUCUGAGAUGGUGGACGAAACAAGACAGGAUAAUGGGGAAAUUUAUCAUAGAGGGGAAGCGACAAAUGUAUUCAAUCUCCCUACCCCACCCAACCCAAAAAAAAGAAAUAAAAAAAGAUGAAGAAAACUGAAAGAAAAGAGUCGAAAAAUCAUCAUGCAUAUUAUAUUACAUAUGAUUCACGAGAAUUCAUGAAAAUAUUUGAUCAAUUAAUUCAACAGGAUAGAUAUUUCUAAUAUAAGUAACGAAACAAAGGAAUCAGUUGCACAACUUUUAAGGCAAUAAAUUUAAAAAAGGGACUCCUUUGAAAUUAGCACUAAAUGAUAAGAAUGUUGAAGUCCAUAUACAUACACAAAGCCGUCACAACGGAAUAUUAAAUAGGAAUGUAUCUUCUACUAUAGUUUUUCUUUUAGAUUGGUAACAUACAUAUACAUAAUCAACACUAAGUUGGCAGCACCAUAAAUACAAGUAAGCUAAGAUCCUGACUGUGCAAAAGGAAUUUAUAGGGACCUAUCUAGACUAUCGAGGGAAUUUGUCUCCUCUAAUCUAGUUUAUUACAUCAACGAUAGAACAUUUGAAUACGACUUAUCUUGAGCUUUUGUGAUGAAUUUUGCUUACCUUCAAAACUUUUAGCAUUUCUUUCUUUCAAAAUUGACAUUAUAAAAGGUUUCACCGUAAUUAUUCAAGCGUAGGAUAGAGUCUUUAACUUUGCAGGCGGCUAUGAAAAGAGGCGUGCAGGCUGAUGAAGUCACAUACGCUUAUAUAGGAACUACAGGAUCGAGAUUCACACCACUUAUUAUCCUUGUGAAAACCGGAGAGGGAUUGUUUGACAUUGUGUCUCUAUCUGGUUCAUUUUUGCCAUCUGACAUUGGCGGUCCACAAGGUCGUCUUAGUGUAUCAUUAGCUGGAUGUGAUGGAUGAAUUUUAGGUGGCGGUGUGGCGAGUAUUCUACGUGAAUUUGGUUCCACUUGAAUUAUAACUAAAAUCAGAUUUAUAAUAUUUUUAAUUGUGUGGUUACUUACUGGAUCGAAUGAGCAAAUUAAAGCAAUGACAUAUUGAAUUUCUGAGAUUGAAUUUGUUUUGCAAAUUAGGGUAAAUAGUGUCAUAAAAAUGGCUUUAAUCCAUUUCGAGGGAUAUCACUAAGUUAGAACAUAUGAUGGUCUGCCCAAAGGAGAUUUAUUGUGUGUUUUAACUUAGUAUUGUGGUGAGCCCUAUGAUGGAAAAAUAUUUUGAUUUAGUAAAUUUGUCUGCCCAAAAGGGAUAGGUUUCUAAUAUUAAAAAUAUUUUCUUGCCCUGCCCAAAGAGGGGCUACUCUUUGAUGCUGUGGGACUCAUCGUUGUGAUAAGAUUAUUAUUCUUAUGCCUUGCUAUUUUGAUAAAUUCAUUCAUGUUGUGUUGUGAUUUCUUUGAACAAAAACAAUGUUUAAGUUGUGAUUCUGUCGGGCUCUAACUUUAAGCGUUGGAAAGAAGAUCUUAGAAUUUUCUUUGGGCAUGACUGACAUAGAUCAAGCCUCGAGUGAGAAUGAGCAUCCAGCUCUCACUGAUUCUAGUACAAUUGUUGAAAAAGAAUUUUAUGCUAAGUGGGAGAGAUCUAAUAGGUUAUGCAUCCUUGCCUUUAGGAGCUCGACUGCUGAGCACCUCAAAAGUGGCCUGCCGAAACUACCAAUGUCAAAAAGUUUUUUGCCCAAGUGGGAGAAAGGUAUCUUGUAUCCAAUAAGGCUGAGACUGGAUAUCUAAUGAAUAAACUCGUAGGGAUGAGGUAUAGCUUUAUUGGAGGUAUUAGAGAUUACAUCGUUUAGAUGGUCUACAUACAGUCUAAACUGAACACUCUUGAAAUAACUCUUCCUGAUAUUUACAUUUUUCAGUCUGCUCUUAAAUUCGUGCAUGCUGAGUUUAGCCAAAUGAAAAUUGCCUAUAAUACUCAGGAUGAAUCUUGGUCCAUCAAUGAUCUCAUCUCCAAAUGUGUUGUUGAAGAGGAAAAAAAUUAAAAAAGAGAAGGGUGAGGUUGCCAUGUUAGUUUCUCAUGAUUCCAAAGCAAGUUCUAGCAAGGGACCUAGGAAGUUUGAAAUAUCUAAUAAUCAUACUUUUAAGAAGGGUCAAGCCAACAAAAAGCAUGGUAAAGAUCAGACUGAAUAUCCUGGGGCCAAUAACAUGAUUUUUAAGAAAAAUAAUAAUUGCUUCUUUUGUAAGAAACCUGGUCACAAGCAGACAGAUUGCAUCAAAUUUCAUUCCUAGAUAAAAAAGGAGUCAAAAGAAGGUAAUCAUCUAGCUCUUAUUUGUUUUGAGUUACACUUUGUAGAUGUCCCCAUUAAUUCUUGGUGGUUUGAUAGUGAAGCUACUGCUCAUGUUGCCAUUUCCUGGCAGGAAUUCAAAAAUAAAAGGUUAUGCUUGGCGCUCGAUGACAGAGGCAAUUCAUCUCGUGCGUAGACUAGUGGAGCAGUACAGGGAGAGAAAGAGGGACUUACACAUGGUGUUCAUUGACUUGAAAAAGGUGUACGACAGUCUCUAAGGAGGUCUUUUGGAGAUGCUUUGGAGGCCAGAGGGUCCCUGUGGUAUGGCGUACAUUAGAUCAAUUAAGGACAUGUAUGAUGGAGCAAAGACUCGGGUGAGGACGAUGGGAGCAAAUUCAGAGCAUUUCCAUGUUUUGACAGGGUUGCACCAGGGAUCUACUCUUAACCCGUUUUUAUUCGCUUUGGUGAUGGAUGUUUUUACGCGGCAUAUCCAAGGAGAGGUACCUUGGUGUAUGCUUUUUGCGGAUGAUGUAGUUUUUAUUGAUGAGAUUCGGGGUGUGUUAAUGAUAAGUUAGAGGUUUGGAGACAAGCCCUGGAUCUACUCUUAACCCGUUUUUAUUCACUUUGGUGAUGGAUGUUUUGACGCGGCAUAUCCAAGGAGCCUUGGUGUAUGCUUUUUGCGAAUGAUGUAGUUUUUAUUGAUGAGAUUCGGGGUGUGUUAAUGAUAAGUUAGAGGUUUGGAGACAAACCCUGGAGUCUAAAGGGUUCAGGUUGAGUAGGAUCAAGACGGAGUACUUGGAGUGCAAAUUCAGUGAUUUGACGCUGGAGGACGAGGUGGUAGUGAAGAUGGAUUCUCAGGAUGUUUGUAAGAGAGUUUUAAGUAUUCAGGGGAGUGAAGAGAUUGACAAGGAUGUCACCAUCGUAUUGGGGCAGGGCGGAUAAAAUGGAGUCUUGCCUCGGGAGUUUCGUGUGAUAAGAAGGUGUCUCCCAAGCUUAAAGGUAAAUUCUCUAGAGUGGUAAUCCGUCUGCCAUGCUGUAUGGAGCGGAGUAUUGACCAGUUAAAAAAAUUCAUAUCCAGAAGUUGAAGGUGGCAGAAAUGAGAAUGUUGCGUUGGAUGUGUGGGCUUACUAGGGGAGAUAGGGUUAGUAAUGAAACCAUUCGGAAGAAGGGUGGGUGUGGCUUCUGUGGAGGACAAGUUGCGAGAAGUAAGGUUGAGAUGGUUUGGGCAUGUGAUGAGGAGGGACACUGAUGUCCCAGUUUCUUAGGUGUGAGAGGUUAGUUUUAGAUGGUUUCAGGCGGGGUAGAAGUAGGCUGAAGAAAUAUUGGAAGGAGGUGAUUAGACGUGAUAUGGAUCAAUUACAUCUUACCGAGGACAUUAGCCUAGAUAGGAAGUUGUGAAAGAUGCAAAUAAGGUUAGAGGGCUAGUGCAGGUGGGUGCGGUGUAGCUUGUAGAUAUGAGUGCUUUGGUGUAAUCUUGCUAGUAGUCGUAGAAGGGUUGGGGUGAGGGGUGUGCUCCGGGUUUGAUAAUGUAGAGUACUACUUUGUGGGUGUGUUUCUUUUUUCGGUUAUUUCAUCUUGUGUCAUGUUUUAUUUCGACUUUGUUUACUGUCUUUGGUCCAGAGCCGGAGGUUUAUCGGAAAUAACCUCUCUACUUCUUCGGAGGUAGUGCUAUGAACUGCGUAUAUUUUACCCUCCCCAGACCCUACUAUAUGGGAAUACAUUGGGUAUGUUGUUGGUUCAAAGACAAAAGGAAGUCAAAGGAAAUGAAGUCAAGAAUUAGAGUUGCUACAGAAGUCCAAGUUGCAGUAGAGUUCAUAGGAACUAUAGUUUUAGACUUAGAAACUGGUUAUAAGUUUGUUCUUGAAAAGACUCUUAAUGUACCAUCUUUUAGAUGAAAUUUGAUUUCUAUUCCAGUUUUAGACAGAUUUAGUUAUGGUUUUAAUUCUCUUAAUGGAAAAGUUAAUUUUCUUAUGUUCUCUCGAGCUGUUGGUCAUGGAAUCCUAUCUGAUGGUUUGUUUUAAAUUUUCUUGACUUCUGAUUUUGAAUACAACUUUUAAUUCUGGAAUUGUUGGGUCUAAACGGCCAAUUUUAAAUGAAAAAUCGGGCAUGCUGUGGCAUAGGCGUUUGGGUCAUAUCUUUAAAGAUAGUGAAAAGUGAAAGAUUUGUUAAGUCUAAUAUUUUACCCUCUCUUGAUUUUUGGGACAUAGGAACAUGUAUUGAUUGCAUUAGAGAAAAGUUAAAACAAGAAAAAAGGGUGCUACUCGUGGUUUUGGUUUGCUGGAAAUCAUUCACACAGACAUAAGUGGUUCAUAUUCUACUACAAUAUGUGGUUUAAGUUAUUUUAUCACCUUCAUUGAUGACUUUUCUUGGUAUGGUUAUGUUUUUCUUGUUAAUAAAAAAAAUUAGAUUCUCUUGAAAUGUUCAAAGUGUUUAAAAUUGAAGUAGAGAAAUAACUGGGAAAGGUCAUUAAGAUAGUGUGGUCUGAUCGUGGGGGUGCGUACUAUGAUAAAUACACUGAGACUAGGCAACAGAUGAGACCCUUUGCCAAAUAUCUACAAUUUUGUGGCAUAGUUGCCAAGUACACUAUGCCUGGCAGUUCUGACCAAAAUGAUGUAACCGAUAGGCGAAACUGUACUUUAAAAGACAUGAUGAGAUGUAUGAUGAGUAGAUCUAACUUACCUAAGUUCCUCUGGGGUGAAACUAUUAAAACAUUCAUGUACAUUCUUAAUCGUGUCCCUUCCAAGUUAGUUCCGAAAACCCUCUUUGAGUUGUGGACCAAUAGAAAGUCCAGUUUAACAUUUUCGAGUUUGGGGAUGUCCUGCUGAAGUAAAGAUCUAUAACCCUUCAUAAAAGAAAAUUGAACCUCGAACUUUGCGUUAUUUUUUAAUUAGUUAUCUAACUCAUUGUAAAGGAUACAGGUUCUAUUGUCCUAUAAGGGGAACAAGAAUAGUUGAAUCUCAAAAUGCAAACUUUUUUUAAUUUGAUGUUGCGGAUAAAGAUUGUUCUCAGAAUGUUGCUCGUGAGCAUACUGAAAGUGAUGAAGUUGUCAGAAUUUCUCUUACUGUUACCUCAGAAUUAUUUGUGUCUGAACCUAUACAUGAUGAACCUCAUGAUUAUAUACAUGUGCAAGUUGAUGGCCCUGUACCUGUAGAAAUUCUGGUGCCUGCUGUUGAAGAAGUGGUUCAGGCACCUGCUGUUGUUGAUCAAGAGGUUCAGAAUUUGAAGAGAUCAAGUAGACCAAGACAAUCAUCGCUGUCGAAUGAUUAUUUAGUAUACCUAGCUGAAGGUGACAUUGUGGAUCCUGUGGCCUUUUUUGAAGCUUCAUCAUCUGUUUAAUCAAAGAUGUGGAUUGAUGCCAUGUCUGAAGAGAUGAAAUCCAUGAGUAGUAAUGAUGUGUGGGAGCUUUCAAAGCUUCCUAAAGGCCAGAAGGUUAUUGAUUGUAAAUGGGUCUUUAAGAGCAAGAAGGAUUCAAAUGGAAAUGUUGAACGAUUCAAGGCGAGAUUGGUUGCUAAAAGAUUACACAGUGAGAAGGGGUUGACAAUGGAACCUUUUCACCGGUGUCAUCUAAGGAUUCUUUUAGGAUCAUUAUUGCAUUGGUAGCUCAUUUUGAUCUUGAGUUACAUUAGAUGGAUGUAAAGACAACUUUUUUGAAUGGUGAUCUUAGUGAAGAGGUUUACAUGCAAGAACUCCAAGGUUUUGUUGGUAAAACCAGUGAGCAUCUUGUGUGUAAGUUGAAGAAAUAUAUCUAUGGCUUGAAGUGAGCUUCUCGACAGUGGUACUUGAAGUUCGAGGAAAUUAUCACUUCUAUGGGUUUCGUGGAGAACAAGAUUGAUCAUUGCAUCUACCUUAAGAUUAGUGGGAGUAAGUUCAUCAUUCUCUCUCUUUAUGUUUUACUUGCUAGUAAUAAUUUGGGACUGUUGCGUGAAACUAAACAUUCAUUAGGCAUAAUUCAUUUUGGGCAUUGAAAUUCGACAAGAUAGGUCUCGUAAGUUAUUAGGGCUUUCACAAAAGGCCUACAUUUAUCGUGUAUUGAAAAGAUUUCAGAUGGAAAAUUGUAAGCCCGGAGAUGUCUCUGUGGUGAAAGGUGAUACGUUAAGCUUAGACUUGUGUCCCAAAAAUGAUCUUAUGAAAGAUUCUAUGAAAGAUGUGCCUUAUUCAAGUGUUGUUGGAAACCUUAUGUAUGCACAAGUUUGCACACAUCCUGACAUUGACAUUGCUUUCACUGUCAAUUUGAUAGACAUGGUUAAGGGAGAGGAUAUUGUGAUUGAACAUAUGCCUAUCGAUUUGAUGCUUGCUGAUCCACUAACCGAGGAACUGAGACCCAUAGUUUUUAUGCAACAUGUUCAGAAUGUGGGUGUUAUUGAGUCAUUUGAUUUGCUAGGUUAGUCGGAGUAUUUAAUAUGUUAUUCAUUUGUCAUUAGACAAUUUACCCUAUUGUUUCGGGCUUAUGAUGAUAUUAUCUCUUUUAUUGAGAUAUUUAUGCUAUGGUUGAUUUUGCUAUCAUUUAUGUUGAUUAUUGUUGUGCACUCUUUAAUAUUAUUUUAUUAUAUUAAGGCUUUUUGCCUUGUGUCUUGGUUAUGUCUCAUAUUGAUAGGAUCAUAUUGUUGUUUAAUUGGAUCAUUUUAGAGACAUAUAUGGUAUAUCCUUGAAAAUCUAGAUUUUCUGAUGGAGCACAUUUUGUUUUAGUGCUCACACAUGUUGUAACAGAAAAUCGUGGUGAAAUUUUUUUUAUGGUACGUAUGUUGAUUUUAAGCAUACAUAUUGAUAUGAAAAUUGUUUGAAGGACUAACAAUGAAAUAGCUUCGAUUUGGAGUCCAUGUUGGCUAUUUCUUGCUACAUCACCACACCAUUUGGUUUAUGUCUACAAAACUUCAAUGUUAGUAAUUGUGGAUUGGUUUUGUAUCGUUGGUUGACGCAAGUAUUGCUACAGUUCAACAGAGAUGAUUUUGCUUGACUGGACCAUGUUGGAGAUGGCGUUCCACCACUAAAUGCGUAUGGCCACUGUCUAUCCAGCUAGAGAGUCAUUUUCAUAAAAAUAAAUUUUCCAAAAAAAACUUUUCUUUAAAAGCAAACAUGUCCAAGUGGGAGAAUGUUCUAAUUAUUUACUUUAUGUGAACUUAACAUUAACUUUUUAUUACGUUAAAGUAAAAUGGGCUGAUGUUAUUAGUUGGUGGAGACACAAGCUAUGCAUUUAUACGGAUUUCGUAUGGGCUUGUAUCCAUUUCAUGUUAUUGGUGUAGUCUGACGAUAGUGUGGGCUUGUAGAAGAACUGUGAGCCCAUAAUGGGAGUGCACUAAGUUAAGGCUUUUAAGUCUUUAUAUAUAAGGCUAGAUCUGUCCUGGCUUAACCUAAAAGUAUUCUAUAAGCUGCCAGCCGCUAUAAGUAAAGGAGAGGAAGCCUAAACCUAGUUUGUCAUCGGUUACGCGAUGGCGGAUAAAGGAACAACAGGAUUUGGACUCACACCACAUAUUGUCUCUGUGAAUGCAGGAGAGGAUGUGGCAUAUAAAAUAAUGUUGUUUUCUCAGAAUGCUCCGAGGGCUGUUUGCAUUUUGUCUGCCACUGGUGCAAUAUCAAAUGUGACUCUUCGACAAACGUUUGGUGGAACUGUGACCUAUGAGGGACGAUUUGACAUAGUGUCUCUGUCUGGUUCAUUUAUACCGUCUGAAAUUAGCAGUCAACAAAGCAAAAAAGGUGGAUUCAGUGUGUCAUUAGCUAGAUCUGAUGGACGCAUUUUCGGUGGUGGUGUGGCGGGUGUGCUAACUGCGGCAUCUCCAGUCCAGGUUAUCGUAGCUAGUUUCUUUGCUGAUGGUCGGGAAGAAUCAACAUCAACAAAUGAUUUUUAGGCAUCACCUUCUCCAUUGGAUUCCAAUCUUGAUGGUUCGACGGGUUCCAAUAGCCCACCAUCAUGUGGCACCUCUAGUGAAUCAUCUGGUGGGCAAGGCAGUCCCCUGAAUCUUAGCGGUCCAGUAUGCAACAAUGAAGAAGACUGAAGGGGUUGUUGUAAUUUCAAUCAGUGGAAUUUAGCUUUUUGUGUUUCAAUCAUAGGACAUGAUUUGGCUUUAGCUGUUGCCUGUUAUUAUGUACUGUUAUCUAGGGAUAUCACUUUCCAUAUUAGCCGUCUUCAACUUACAGAGCAUCUUAUUGCAAUUCUGUGAUCUAGAAGAGUAUCAAUUAUGUUGAAAAAGUAAGCGUUUCCAUUA